AUGAGGUGGAAACCAAUUUACGUAUUUACAUCUGCUUUAAUACGCCUCUUUUGCAUAUUUAGUUGUAAUAUAACAUUUUCCGAGUGUAUAAGGCAAUCGCAUGGUGUGGAUAGGAGGAAUAUAAAUGGUUUGUCUUUAUGCACUCCUACCAAUGUUCUAUUCUCGACUUUCGCAUGCUAUAUACGACCAUCAAAGAUUGGCAAGAGCUACAACAAUUUGAAUAAGUAUAAACUUGGCACAAGUUCCAGUGAGGUUGAUGGUAAUGAACAAUCAGAUAUAUCAUCUGGUUCUGAUGUUGAGCGUGGAAAUUUAAUACAAGGGAAAAGGCUGAAGAAUUACUAUCGAAUUUUAAAUUUGGACAAGUAUGCAUCUGGAGAAGACAUCAAGAAUCAGUAUGAAAAUCUGAUUGAAUCACUUAAACCGCUUGAAAAUGUAGAUUCCAAUGUUAUAGAUAUGAUAAAUGAAGCCUAUAGGAUCCUAUCUGAUGAAAAUACUCGACGCAUUUACGAUGAGUUGGUGGCAAAAAAAUCUCUAGAGAAGGAAAGCGGAUAUAAUGAUAGUAAUAUUGACCAAUUUUAUCACGAUGAUGGUGAUUACUUCCCAGAAAAUCUUUACAACGUUUUAGAGUCAGAUUACGACUUUACCAGUGAUUCUGACGAAAUGGUUCUAGAGAUGAGCACAGAUGAUGAUUAUUCUGAUGAAGAUUCUAAUGAAAUGAUCAGCUUGAUACCCAAAUUGAUUAAACCAAACGGAACAAAAUUGCAUACAACACUUACCAUCCCCUUUGAAAGAGCAAUUAUGGGUGGAAAUGAGACAGUGACAAUUUCGAGGCUUGAAAAUUGUAAAUGUUUGGAAAAUUUAACUACAUGUAAGAGUUGCAAUGGAUAUGGUCUGGAUGGGAAGGAUAAAUUGGGAACGGGAUUCGUAUCAUCAAAGGAAUGUUCGGAAUGUGGAGGAAUUGGUAAAUCUAGGGCGAAAAAAUGUGAUUUAUGUGACAAUACUGGACAAGUUAAAGUUGAUAAUGCAACUAUUCAAGUGCAGGUUCCGCGAAAUGUAUAUGACGGCGCCAGGCUUUUGAUUAGGAACCAGGGAAAUGUAUAUGGCACUAAUGGCAAAGCUGGUGAUUUAGUUGUAACUUUACGAGUAAAAGAGCAUGAUCAUAUGUAUAGAAUGGGUAAAAAUAUAUAUUCCGACGUCACAGUGCCAUAUGCAGCUGCUAUACUCGGUACUACUAUAAAAUUGGAAACAUGUGGAGGAGUUGUAUCGCUUGAAAUCCCUCCCGGUACUCAACAUGGAGAUGAAAUACAAGUUCCAAACGAGUCUAUUCCCAUGAAACACAUUUGUAGAAUUGAGGUUGCGCUGCCUAAAUCUGUAGAUAAACAAGAAAGGAGUUUGUUGGAAAAGAUAAUCCAGCUUAAGUAG